AGAGACGUGGCACAAAAACAGAAGCAGGAAGUUUAUUCAUGACAGCUCCCUCGCAUCAUUCCUUCUUUCAAAUUUCCACAUAAAACAGAGUGAAUGUCAUCCUUCCAACGUUCCCUAAAGCCACCGGGACUUGAUUGAAGUCUGUGUUACAGGGGGCUAUGGGUCUGUGCAAGUGUCCAAAGAGAAAGGUGACCAAUUUAUUCUGCUUUGAGCAUCGUGUAAAUGUGUGCGAGCAUUGCCUUGUCUCCAACCACAACAAGUGCAUUGUACAGUCAUAUCUGCAAUGGCUUCAGGACAGUGAUUAUAAUCCAAACUGUCCUCUGUGCAAUAAUCCGCUGAUUGCUGAAGACACCGUCAGACUCAUCUGCUAUGAUGUUUUUCACUGGACCUGUCUUAACAACUUGGCAUCCCGCCUGCCCCUCCAUACGGCGCCAGCGGGUUACCAGUGUCCCAGCUGUCAGGGUCCAGUGUUUCCCCCUUCCAACCUGGCCAGCCCGAUUGCUGAUGUGCUUAAAGAGCAGCUGUCUUCUGUUAACUGGGCGAGAGCAGGUUUAGGGUUGCCACUGGUUGACGAGCCAGUCGAUAUCCUUCAGGAAGUUACAGCAAAUGAUGUUACAGACUACACUGACUGGUCCUCAUUUGAUGCACAAGAACAAAGUCACAUUUACCACAGUCACUCCCACAAUGCCAGCCUCAGCCAAGCGCCUGUUUCAUCCCCAGCAGAGGACAACUUUGGGCUUCCGCAUAAGAAUGGGGAUCCGCAUAGCCAAGAUCACUCGGUAGUCAACUUUCCAGAAGCCACUACAUGCGACACAAUUACUAUUCACGCAGGGUCAUCGCCAAGAAAGAUCUAUGACACGAGGGACAACAGCUCUGUCACACAGAUUGACUUUGAUGAUGACAAGUACAGACGACGACCAACAUUGGGCUGGUUUGCGCGAAUUCUCAAGAACUGUACAGGCACGAAACGGGCAUCUCUGACCUGGAAACAGCGGGUCUUCAUGUUCCUUUUGGUUGGUGUGCUGGGAUUCUUUACUUUGAUUAUCAUAAUGGCUAAACUUGGACGUGCCUCAGCUGGUUCAGACCCAAAUUUAGAUCCUCUUCUAAACCCACACAUCCGUGUGGGCAAAAACUGAAAUCAGGCAUUGAUUACCAAUUUUUACCCAACCUUGUGUAGAAAACCCAGAUAGGCACUGUAGUACACGAUUUGGCCAGCAGAGAGAGACAUUUACCCACCAGGAACUGAGAAAUGGAGGCCAUCUCUCAUUCAUGAAAGUUCUUCCCAUUAAGGACCAACAAAGGUGUAUUCAGGUGAAUAGGUCUGAUGGAAGCAAUAUUUAUAUUUACCAGUAGACUGACUAAUAGCAAAUAUUACGGAAUCUUAAACUAUGAUGUAUAUAAUUCUGAAUGUAAAA